AAGUGCGCGCCGAAGCAGCCUACUUCAACCUCGUCAGAUUUGUUUGAUUUGCUCAUUACCCACGCGGACAAAUCAUCUUGUACACAGCGGACAUGGCAGAAGCGCAAAGACCGAAAAUCGGCGUGGGCGUCGUGAUCCACAACGGCGCUGGCAACAUUGUGAUGGGCGAGCGAGCGGGUUCGCAUGGUGCUGGCACUAUGCAAUGUCCGGGGGGCCAUCUUGAGUACGGCGAGUCGUUCGCCGAGUGUGCGAAGCGCGAGGUGCUCGAGGAGACGGGACUGGAGGUGGGCAAUGUCAAGUUUCUCGUUGCGACGAAUGAUGUGUUUGGGGAGGGGAAGCACUAUGUGACUGUCUUUGUGACGUGUACGAUUGUCGGCGAGAACACGGUGCCACAGCCGAUGGAACCGGAGAAGUGCGCGCGGUGGGACUGGAUACCUUGGGCGCAAAUGUGGGCUUGGGCGAAGGAGCAGGCAGAGGCGGAGGCUGGAGGAAAGAGCGUGAACAAGCAGAUGUUUUUGCCGCUGGUGAACUUGUAUCGGGAGUAUCCUGGUAUGGAGCACUGUCUGGCGUAGCCGUUAGUGAUGCGAUCAAAGUACAUAUACA